GAGACAGUGGCAUAUGUGUACGUGCGUAUCUGAUACGCAUGUUUGGAAUGCAUAAAAUGCACCACGCUACAGUUUCUAAUUUGCCUCCAAAACCUUCUCUCUGAUCUCUCUCUAGAACCGCCAUGAGCAUCAGCAUUCGGAGCUUCGAGUUAAAUUACUCUUCCUACCAGAUCUACGACGUGACCUUCUUCAAUGACACCAUCAAAACCCUAGUAACUGACACCGCAUGCAUCGUCGACACUUGGAUCUCCGACAUGAAGCGCCUCCACCGCCGCAUCGUGGUCGGCCUCGAUGUCGAGUGGCGUAACGUUCCCGGACAAGAAAGCGCCGUCGCCACACUUCAACUCUGCGUCGGCCGCAAUUGCCUCAUCUUCCAAAUCCUGAUCGCCCCCGAAAUCCCCAAAUCCCUCGUAGAAUUCCUCUCCAACAACUAUUACACUUUCGUCGGCGUUAAGGUCGAAGAUGACGCACAGAAGCUGUUCAACAAGUAUGGGUUGAAGGUGUCUAAAACAGUCGAUCUACGCAGCUUGGCAGUGAGAACUUUGAAUGAUAAUGGGCUUCGCAAUGCGGGUUUGGUGAGGUUGGCAAAAGAUUUUCUUGGGAAGAGUUUUGAGAAGCCGAAGAGUGUUUCCAGGAGUAAUUGGGAUGAUGAUUGGCUGAGUGAGGAUCAGAUACAGUAUGCCUGCGUCGAUGCCUUUGUUUCAUUCGAGAUUGGGCGGUGUUUGAAGGUGUUAUGGCGCUUCAAAACAAUGGUGAUGAAGGCAAUAAGGAAGAUAAGGUGCGGCCGCCAAAUGGUGAGGAUGCCAUUGGAGUAAUAAUCAUGUUGAUGCUAAUGGCAAUAGGUUUUGUGUGGUGGUGUAAGUGAUUCUGUCGUUAUAUCUUGUGUUAUACUUACCAAAAUAAAAUUGUAUGGUGGUAUGAAUCAAGUAGGUUUGAUAUGUUUUGUAUGAUAAAAUGUAUAGAUGGUAUGUGAAGGCAAACUUGGAGCAGAGUUUCAUUGGAAAGAAAGUCUAAAUUUACCACCUCGUGCCUGUAUACUGAAAAAUGAGAUAAGUAAAGAAUUCAGGUCUUGGAAACUUGGAGCUGAAACUUUUGUUGGAUUAUAUCCCCUGUUUCUUGAUCCACUUUUUAAUCUUUAUUGGGAUUGUGUAGUGAUGUACCAUGCAAGCACUUCACAAAAAAAAAAAAAAAUCAAACUAUUGGAGCAGAGUUUCAUUGUUUAUGUCAAUGUUUGAAAUUCA